AUGGAAAAUUCAGGCUGGCAAAGAAUUCGAAAGUCGCCUAUUUUCCAGCAAAAUGUCUUUGUUGAUUCACACGAACAAGCUAAAGGACAGUUCAGCAGCAUCGAGCCAGAACUUUGCGUCAGUCUUCUUCGUAUACCGUCGUUGAAGAACUUUUCCGCGCUUCAUCCCAAACUCUCGAAAUGUUCCAGCCAGUGGAUGACAGAGUUCCUCGACCUUGGAGGGUUAGAUGUGUUAAUGAACGCGUUAGAGAUUCUCUCGGUUCGUUUGUCAGCUCAAAAUUACCACAUCGCCUUCAUGGAUGCUUUUGUGGCGCUCGAGUGCGUUCAGUGCAUUAAAGCAGUACUGAACUCUCAAGCUGGCGUGUUUUACUUCCUGUCAUCUCCAGAUCUCGUCUGUCAGCUAGUUUAUGGUAAGGAUUUCUUUUCUAUAAGAUUAUUUGUGCUUGCUUAA